AUGGAUUUGGGACCCGUCUCGAGCGAGAAGAUCCCGGCGAAGACUCGCGUGGUCGAAGUGGAGGCUGUGGAGGCCGUGGACGUCGUGGAGCAGGUCGAAGCGGAGCCGAUCGCGCUUGAAGGAGUAUCAUCCGAUUUUGAAGCAGACAGCGACGACUCCGAAGACUGGGAGGCCUUAUCUCAAGAUGGCGACACGAUCCAAUUCCUUCGUGAUGAGCAGCUACGUGAUGGGCUCGUCCCCGGCGCCUGUACGCUAGAGGAAGCUGUCGCCUUCAGGCAACGUCUUCAUGAAAUUGGUAAGGCGGCCUUUGUGGAAGAAACCAUCGCGCGAGAGACCGUAACGGCCAAAAAGCUAUGCACCGCAUUUGGAAUUAUGCCUCCCAUGUUUCUGGAGGGCGCACCGGAUGAGUCCUACCAUCCACUCCUAGCCGUCGCCCUGUCUCGUGAAUUCGCUCGACGGCCAAAGCUUCCUCAGUACAAUUCCGUUGAAGAUGCGCUGCGGCUUCUGCAGGAAUCUCAAAAUAUUAUCGUCUUGACGGGUGCAGGUAUCUCCACAAGUCUGGGUAUUCCUGAUUUCCGCUCCAAGGAUACGGGUCUUUACUCAAAGUUGGAGCACCUGGGCCUGAGUGACCCCCAGGAGGUGUUUGACAUACAAGUUUUCCGAGAAGAUCCUAGCAUCUUCUUCUCCAUCGCCAAAGACAUUCUUCCGACGGAGAAGAAAUUCUCCCCAACCCAUGCUUUCAUCAAGCUGUUGCAGGACAAGGGGAAGCUGUUGACCAACUACACUCAAAACAUCGACAACAUUGAGGCUAAUGCAGGAAUUCUUCCUGAGAAGAUGCUCCAAUGCCACGGAUCCUUUGCUACGGCAUCUUGUGUCAAGUGCAAGUUCAAGGUUCCUGGAGAGGCCCUUUUCGGGGACAUUAGAGAGGGCAAAAUCCCCGAAUGCACUGCUUGUCGCGAAGCGAUCGCUCAGGACGCGUUGAAACCGCAGGGAUUGAAGAGGAAACGAAGCUCGACGGGGCAUCAAAAGGAUCGAAAGGGUUUCGAAGACAGCUCAGAUGAGGAUGAUUACGAUAUUCGUACGCCUGGAGUUAUGAAGCCUGACAUCACCUUCUUUGGCGAGGACCUGCCCGAUGAGUUUGGCCAGCGUCUGAUUCACCACGACCGUGAUCUGGUCGAUCUUGUUAUUGUCAUCGGUACCUCACUCAAGGUGGCUCCCGUCGCAGAAGUCCCGGGAAUUCUGCCACGCCAUGUCCCACAAAUUUACAUCUCUCGCACGCCUGUGUCACAUACCCAGUUCGACAUUGAUCUUUUGGGUGAUUGUGACGUGGUUGUAUCCGAGCUCUGCCGACGAGCUGGAUGGGACCUGCAGCACCACAUGAUCCCUCCGGAUGAGAAGGUGGAGAUCUCUCCCCUUGAGGGUUACGAGUCACGACAUGUCUUUAAGAUUGUUGGCGCAUAA